ACUUGUAUUAUCCACGGCAGUACGCGCGGCCGCGACCGAUUUUAGAAUUUAGUUUAGCAUUCAGUUUCGGUCCGACACGCGGUUGGCGCGUACAUGUGCGGUGCGCCCUCUGAUUGACAUUGGCUGAAACUCGCACAAAACUCACUGUAAUGUGCAUUUAAUGAAUUGUUAUUUUAUGAAUCAAAAUGUGUCGAAUGCUGUGUUUAAUCGCCUUCCUCCCGGUAGCGCUGGGCCUAGCUAAUUCUUGGGAUAUCGCAGUGACCACAGGGGACCAAAUAGAGUUUUAUUCUAACAAAUCGAAAACUAGCUUCGAAUCUAGUAAGUUUAAGGAGCUAACGGCUUUGGCGUAUGAUGCAGUCCACAAUAUGCUCUUAUUCGUCGACAAACAGAACGAUAACGCUUCGAUAUUCAGCUUCAACCUCAUGACAAAGAAGUACCAGCCUUUGGUCGGAAGAAGGUCGAAUGAGAACAUCCAGGGUGUAGCCUUCGACCCGGUUACCAAUAAGAUGUUCUGGACUGAUACGAACGAGAGAAGCAUUUACUGGAUCUCGCUCUGGCCGCGGUCGAAGGACAAUAUUUAUGGGAAUCUACUGCUAAAGAUGAAAGAUGAGAUUCCUAGAGAUAUAGCUAUAGAUAGCUGUAGAGGCUACAUCUACUGGACGAAUACCAACAUUAAGAAGGCGACCAUAGAACGAGCGAGGUUGGACGGCACAGAGAGAACAGUUAUCAUCGACUCUGACAUCUACAUGCCAGUCAGCAUCACAGUGGACCAGCACUCCAGGAAACUCUACUGGGCUGAUGAUAAGGAAGGCAUCCACUUCACCAUAGAAACCUCUAACCUCGAUGGAAGCGGGCGAAAGACUCUUCUAGCGGGUACGCAGCACCAGCCUAAUUCCAUAACCGUGUCAAAAGAUUCCAUAUAUUGGGUAGACUGGGGCUACAAGCAGGUUUGGAUACUGCCGAAAAAUGCCACUCCCAAUUCAGAACCAGAGGAAUUCUUGAGCUUCAAUGAGGAGAGGACUUUUGGUAUAGUAGCAAAUUACAAUAUCGCUGACCAAACCAAUGGGAUAAAAGAAUGCAAGAACUUGGCCACUUUAUCUCAGACUAAAACCGUUAUAAAUGAUACUACGCCUAUUCUAGAGGAUUUAGGACUAUUCUGUCUGCAUGGGAAGAAGACUGAUAUUUACACUUGUCAGUGUUCUACCGGGUAUACUGGCAAACGGUGUGAGACAUCUGUAUGCCAUAACUACUGUUUGCGAGGAGAAUGUAGCGUGCUUCCGUCUGGAUUCCCUACUUGCAAAUGCCCCGCCGGUUUUGUCGGAGAGCGUUGUGAGGUUAACCCGUGUGAUAACCACUGUGUACAUGGGACAUGCUCGGUCAGCGGGGUCGAUGCGACCUGUACUUGUGAGAAGGGUUAUACGGGCGUGAGAUGUGAGAAGGUCAUUCAGGCACCAGUGGAGAAAAAUUGCACAACCGAAACCACAUCACCCACCACAAAGGUGGUGAAGUCAAACGACUCCACUCUGAGUCAGCUGAGGGUCGAUGAUGAUGAGGUGUAUUUGGAUGGCUGUGGCGGCUGGGACCCUGUCAGGGAUCCCAUCCUGAUGGUCCUUGGGAUUGUAUGUGGGCUACUCACGCUGGCCUGCGCUGUGCUCAUCACCAAGAUAUUGCAUUUGAGGAGGAGGCCAAGGAUCAAGAAGCGAAUAAUCGUGAACAAGAACGUGACACCGCUGACGGCGCGGCCGGACCAGUGCGAGAUCACCAUAGAGAACUGCUGCAACAUGAACAUCUGUGAGACGCCAUGUUUCGAACCAAGAAACAAUAUAAGACCAACGCUCCUAGACGCGAAGCCAGGGAAAGAAGAGAAGAGAAAUCUUAUAGCCAACAUGGAGGGAGACGAUUACUAGCAUAUCCACACACCGAGGGCAGGUUGACUGUAUUUACUUAUAAAGGCUGAAAAACAAUAACACCAACUUAACACACGUAAAGAGUCAACUUUCCACAAAUACUAUAGAGUAUAGUCCGUUCCUUAAUUAGUCAAAAUUAAAACACACGACAUCUAUUUUGGGUAAAGGUUUGUAAACCUUCACCAAUUUUUUUGGUUCAAUAAUUAUUAUAAGUCGACGGAGCCCCGCUACUCGGGG